CACAAGCUGCACAACCAUCAUCUACAUCAAGAGACAUGCGGAGGGAAGAGAAGCUGGGUGCUGAUGUACCUCUGUGCGGCAGUCUUACCUUACACCCCUCACAAAACCGUUUCUCGUCUCUCAGGUUGCCAGGCUGGCGAAUUCCUUCUGCAGGCGGCAGACCAACAGAAAAGGUUCGCGGAACUUUUUCGUUGGUGGUCGUUUAGGAAAGGAUUCGAUCCCAAGUAUUCACCAUCGCAACCAAGACUGGUGUUACAGGUGUAGCAGAUGUACGAACAGGAGCAGUAAGAGGACUGUACACCUCCCUCAUUAACCUCUCCCCACCGCCUGGCCAGAGAAGAGAUGAAUGUCAGAUGUUUUGGGGGUGAUGUCAUGUCUCGAGACGGGGGCCUCCUUGCUGUUGUCAUCGGCUUCAGCAUCCUCUUACUGCCACCUUCGUUCUGCGAUAUUGAGGUCCGGACCAUUAUUAGCAACAGCUCUGACAGUGACCAGGUGGAGUGCAUCAUACCGGUAGCCGAAGACAGAGUGCAACUAAACCUCAGCUGCAAAGUAGACGUCUCGGGUGAGCAAGUGGAGAUACUCCACUCACCUGGGAAUAACGAGUCCACUGAGUUCCACCUUGUUGGACAGUGUGUCGCAAAUGUCUGCACAAGUGCGGCGCCAAAUGUGUAUAAUGUCACGUACAAGACUGGCUUUGGCCUUGAAAUGACUACUGUUCAUUCGGUUGAGCGACACACCGUGGGAGGAGUGUGGAUGUGCCGGGUGCGAAACCCCGUCAGCAGCGAAAAUGAUUUCUACAAAAUCGCCAAGUGCCGGAUCGAAGUCAUACAUGUUCCCCAACCCUCAGACAUCGUCUGCGAUGUUAAGCUCCGAACUACUGACUGGGUGGUGGAAGGGUGGUGCACUGUAGCUAAAAUCUAUUCCUUCUAUAAAAUGUACAACUGUAGCUGGCAUAGAACCAACGGUGCGGAGUGGCUCAUACCCUCAGAAAAUAUAAGCUUUUCUAUGAAAUCGUACAUCGAUCCUCAGAAUAAGAGGGAAUACAAUUCAGGCAAUUGCAGCUUCAAACACUCGCUUACGCCUUUCGUCGAUGCGUCCUACAAAUACCACGCCAUCAUCCAGCCGGGCGAGGUCCUCGCUGAAGCCCAGACAUUGAAAAUAGAGGCUCCGUCACUCCCUGUCGUCAGGUGCAAGGCAGGUGAGGGACUCAACUGCACGUGCGAAACAUCCAACAUCGGGGAGCCGAAGGGCACACUCUUGUGGAAAGCAGGCCUGGAUGUCCUGGCGAGGGGCGAGCCGGGCCAGUCCUUUCUACGACUGGGCUUGCAGGACCUCAGCAUCUUUGAAUCUGACGAAACCGAGGUCACGUGCGAGCUUUUGUGGGCGAAAAGCUUCGUGACUCGUCACAGAAUCGUACCCGACGGCAAGCCAUACAUCCGCAGCUUCACUAUGAAUGGACUGAGUGGAGAGCUGGUGACCACAGAAAAAUCGUUCGUUACUUUUGAGUGUUCUGUCUCGGGCAAGCCGGCCCCACGGGUACGAAUUCUCAAGGGCGCCUACCCCUACCCGACGUCUGGCCAAACCGAACUUGAUGCUCUUCAAAAAAAUACAGCGGUCAUCUUCACCUUGUCGGACGUGUCGUGUACAGACUCCAGCAUCUACACCUGCGUGGCCAGAAACGACGAAGGAUUCGAAUACAUCCGAUACGCGCGACUGCGCGUGGAAUGUGCCCCCCACCUAAUUACUCAGACGAGCAAGUCAACAUUCAGAGAACCCCUGCAGCUUUUGUACAACCCCCCUAAAGGGCACAGUCUGCGGCUGAACCUCCUGGCCUACCCCUUCCUCAGCGGCUGGGAACUGUCCCUGGCAGGCCAGAAAAAGGCCACGAGAAACAGCGACCGUCUGAACGUGUCUUGCCUACAUGCAGAUAAAGACAACAACAACAAAUUGGUCUGUUUUAUCACCGCCAGAGGAAUAAAGCAGGAGGACACGGGCAUGCACGUGCUGCGGCUGUCCAACUCACGCGGGGUUCUGGACGUGCCGUUCCUGGUGAAGAUCCGACGACCCGAGACUAUCGCAGGGCGAACCAUGACAGCAGCUUUCAUUGUCAUGACAUGUCUAUUGACUGCCAUCGCUUUCGCCAUAAUAGCCAUCGUCCUCCAGACUAAGCGUCUGUCGCAAGGGGGAUCACCGAAUACAAAUGGGCCAAUAUACAAGGGAAAUCUGAAUCCAGACCUACGGACCGCUCAGCCCAGCAGGGAAAAUCCAACCUGUCAAGCUGUGUGUUAAGUAUGCCAAUGAGACCACCAAGGAGAAAAUGUUUGCACAAAAGGAAGUUGGGGAAAACAAUGUGAGUAGCGCUUCCCAGGACACUCGGGGUGUUGCCAGCGGCAGGCGAGUUGAAGGAACAGUUACAUUAACGGUACCCAGGGGUACAAACCUGAGUUACAUGCAUGAAAACUCUCAAGGUACCGCAGGACAGGUGACAAAACAGCAGAACAACCCGAAUUUCAUGCACGUGCAGCAGAAUAUUCUGUGCGAACCUCAUGAGGAUGUCACGGGUGACGGCAAAGCAAAAAAGUUAUUGUUUAAGUCCAACAAUGUCACCAUGACUGUCUCCAUGGAAACCAGCAAACAUAUACCUUCCAAAACAUCGAGCCCAGCGCAACAGUCUCUGCAAAGUGCCAAAUCCUCUACAUAUGAGUCCAUGGUGCUGCUUGACGAGAAGGCAGGUACAGAAAAGUCGCAGGUGUUACCUGAGAAACUCGAGUCUCGGCAAUCUAGACAGGACUCAAGUUCUUUUAGCUGGACUAAGGAAAGUCCCAAGCAAUCUAUUUUGUCUAAUUUGUAUAGGCAAGAAGAGCAGAAAGCCGAAAAAGCAGGAAGAAAUGUUCAGGAGAGGUCAGUGCAAGAACAGAAGUUCAGUCAGGUUUCUGAAAAAGUCUACGAGGCUGGCUCCAGCCUUCGAAACAACAACAGAUCAGCGCGCAGGUCAACUGUCACACGAACCCUCCGGUCCAGUACUUCUGAUGUCAUCAACUCGCAGAAGUCAACUCCAGAUUCCUCCACCACGCGGUUGCCUGACUCCAGGAGUGAUAGUCCCCGCAGUCUAAAUGUCAGAGUCAGGACAGCAUCUGUUUGGACCCGGUGUACGUGCGACAACCAGAGGAACUACGUAUCCUAGCAAUAACGAACAGUGCUCGCAGUCACUCAGACAGCACUCAGAGUCCUAAGGACAAUCUUCGCCAAGAUGUGGACGGCAGUGUUUUGUCAGGUGCCUCCAGCUCCAGCAGUUGCCGUUCUCUUGGAGAUCGCGAGCUCAUGGGCAGCACCACUUCCAAUGUCACACCAGGCGGCGUUUCCCAUGAUGCCAGUGCAGAAGUGCCACAAGGGUGCUUUGCUUCCAAGACAAUGGGAUCAACAGCAGAAGGCAAGGAUCAGAGUUGUGCAAGUGUCCCCAUCGCCUUCCCUAAAAAGCCACCAGAGGACGUAGGGACGACGCAAGGUGUUGCUGAGGCAGAGAGUCUCUCCCGACUUCUUGCACGGGAUGAACAAACACAAAGAUGGAUGUCGAACCAGCAAAAGUCUUUUUCUCGCAAGGCAGCCAAAAUACCACACUUUGUCGAACUCAAGCAACCAGGAGUUAGCUGGUAGGGAGGUCUUCCCAAGAGUUGCCAAAUUUGUCUCCGUCACGCCUGACAUGGUCAAGAAGAAUCCAUUACAUAAGGACUUGAUGAACGAAUUCAGACUUACAGUCAGAAACAAAAAUCUCGGGCAGACAAGUCUCGACCAAUUCGCUGUCAGUCCAAAUCAACCACAAUGACAGAAAAACUGUGACUACUAAAAAGGCUAGCUCACAGAGAAAUGCUUACCAGGAGCAAGGAGAACAGUUCGUGGGCGCUCGGUCAGUAGACACCAAAGGGGAUCCACAUUUUCUUGAGCAUGAUACUUCAGGGGCUGAGGCCUCAGAGGCAAGCUCGCAGAUGUCUUCAGCUGAAAACAAAGAAUUUUUUAAACAAAAAAGACAGCGGAGAUGGCUUAAGAAAUCAAAUGAAGAGAGUACAUACGAGUUAACAUCUUGUCAUUGGAGAGAGAGUCUCGCGUCUAGACCGACGAUGGGAAACUAUUUAAAUUCAGAAAACCCUCAUACUUCUGAAAUCUCCGACCCAAAAGACAGGACCCGAAGCAAAGUCAAGGAUCUGCUGAAAGGGUUGCAAAGGAUAACUAAAGGCUACGCAUCUUUAUCUAAAAGUAGAAAGUCUUUCUACAAAGUCGAGCUCGUUCCUCAAAAUAAAGCUGAAUACUCUGAGAACACAACAAAACAUAGGGCUUCUAAAAUACUGAAACUGUCUCCUGCAUUUGAUGAGUACCCGAAUCCAAUCGCAGAUGAUGGUCAAAGCCCGAGGACGUUAUCACCUGUUUAUGGUAACACCUCAGAACCGAUAGAGCAGGUGCGACCAAUCAAGAAUUUCAGAGGUAAGCUUCACUCACGUUUCUUAAACACAAAUUUUUCCAGGGAAAACAGGAAUCAAAGCAAUCCAAAAGAUAUUACCCAAUAUGAAAGUGCAGCACCUAAUCCAAGAAUCAAUGAGUACAUAGUGUGUUCAACCGGAACUACUAAACCAGAGGAUGUGCACAGUACAGUUGUUGGUUCUGAUGAUGAACACACCCACAGAGUCGCAAAGCCGGCCUCUGUCAUCCACCCAUACCUGUGUUUACCAGAUACAGACGCAGGCAAAGUCCAGGCCACUGGUGCAUCCCCCUGCGUUCAGCAACCUUUAGCAAACGACUUCCCUGCUCGCACGGAUAAAUUCAUUUAAAACAACCGGCGGCUUCUACAAGACCACCAUCAGAAAGCCAGACGACGAAGCCAUGUCUGGCUGGCGACUCAGCCGCGAAACCUCAGAGACAACUUUGUACAUCGUCAAAUAAUGUCAUCAACGAUAACAGUUUGACGACCCAAAGCCAGCCGAGUAUGUCGUCUCCUUCGCCUAGAACGA